AAACAACUCAGCUAAAUAAAUAAAUAAAUAAAUAAAUAAAUAAAUAAAUAAUAUUAUUUAUAGUUUAUUAAAUCUUUUUUUAUUUUCCAUAUUUAAUGAUUAAUUAUUGUUUCUUUAAUUUUAAUCAUUGUUUCUUUAAAUAACAUUUAAUCACCCCCUUUCCACACAGUUAAUCAGUUUAUAUUAAUUAAUUUAUAUAUUUUAAUUCUAAAAUGAAUAGAGCAAAUUUUGGUUUAAUCAAAUUGGUCACAUUCGAAACCAGCGGUGUUAAAAGACUUGGUGCACUUCUCGAAAAUAGUAUUGUCGAUCUAUGCUUGGCCGAUAAAUCAAUUCCAAGUGAUAUGAAAUCAUUUUUAUCAUCAACAAGUAAUGAUAAAUGGACAAAAGUUAUUAGUGUUUUAAAUAAUUUUAAUAAUAAAAGAAUUCCAGUAGAAAAUGUUAAAUUAAAAGCACCAAUUGAUAACCCAGAAAAGAUUAUUUGUAUUGGAUUAAAUUAUAAAGAACAUGCUAUUGAAUCUAAAAUGCCAAUUCCACAAGAACCAAUUAUCUUUUCAAAGUUUAAUAAUUCAAUUGCAUCUCAAGGUGAUGAUAUAGUGUUACCAAAGGACACAGAUCAAGUAGAUUACGAAGUAGAAUUGGUGGUGGUCAUGGGAAAACAAUGUAAAAACGUUUCAGAAAAGGAAGCAUUAAACUAUGUUGCCGGUUAUACUAUCGGUAAUGAUAUAUCUGCUCGUGAUCUUCAGCUUGGUAGAAACAAUGGUGGACAAUGGUUAAGAGGAAAGUCAUGUGAUACAUUUGCCCCAAUUGGUCCAGCUAUUAUUGUUAAUCCCGAUAUUGCCGCUUUAACUGACGAUAUUUAUUUCAAUCCAAACUCGCUCUCCAUUAAAUGCACUCUUAAUGGCCAAGUCGUUCAAAAUUCAACAACCAAAGAAUUCAUUUUCAAUGUUCAAAAAGUUAUAUCCUAUCUUUCAUCUUAUAUGACAUUACAACCAGGUGACAUUAUAUUUACUGGUACACCAAGCGGUGUUGGUUUUACCCGUAAACCUGCCAUCUUUUUAAAAUCUGGUGAUAAUAUUAAAUGUGAAAUUGAAGAAUUGGGUGUUUUGGUCAAUAAUGUAAAAUAAAAUAAAUAACAUAAAAUAAAAUUAAAAUGUAAAUAAAAAUAGUAAUCU